AUGUCUCAGCCUAGUAAAGCAAUUAGUGAAGAUAGAGUUGCAGAAGCUACUGCUUCCAUAGCUUCAAUCUUUCCACCAAACAAUUCUGAGUCUUCUGGUUCAGCACCUAAUGAAACAAUUCCACAAAUCUCUCAUUCCAUAGCAUCAGUAUUCCCACCAACCAAGUCUCAGUCUGACAGUUCAGAAUCCAAUGAAAGAAACCUACAACCACAACAGACUCAUCCCAUACAGUCAAUCUUCCAGCCAACCAAGUCGCAUACAAGCAGUUCGGAUAGCCUGCAUAAAUGUUCUUCUUCUACUUCAAUACAAGCACAUUUCCGAUCAAAUAAAUUGGAACAUUCUACUGAAUCAAUCCAAAACAGUACUUCAAUCCGAUUGUCUGAACCUGAAAGAGUUCCUCUGAGUAGAGUGGAAGAAAGGUUGAGCAGAGAUCAGAUUAAGCAGCUGAUACAUAUGCUUCGAGUCAUGGUUCCAGCCAAUUCAAAAACGAGCUUGGAAUGCCUCCUCGACAGCACGACAACGUAUAUAAACGAGCUGAAGGGGAAACACCAGAGUUCGGAGUGCCAUAAGGAGUACUUGCAGAAGCAAUUGGAGAGCUUGGUGAAUAAUAUCAACGUGGGGAUAGCGGGAAGGAAUGCGACGAUUUUGAUCCAAUGUAGUAAGAAUCACUCACCCUCGACCUUAAUGGUGGCGUUGAUGGAGCUAGAGUUAGAUGUGUACAAUGCGACCUGGACAGUGGUAAACGAUUUGAUGAUGCUACAUGCUGUGGUGAACAUGGAAAGUGGAUUUUACACACAAGAGCAGCUCAGGCUAGCGUUAUUGGCCAAACUUGGCCUAGCAUUCUUUCAGUAG